CCGACGCCGAAGGAGGCCGGGGGGGGGGCAGCCUCUGCGGGAGCCGCGCCGAUCGCCCGCCGGCCGCUGCUUGCCGGAGGCCAGGCGGCCGUCAAGGGGCUUCUGCCCGCCGCCCAGGGGAGCCAGCGAGCCGCGCGGGCGGAGGGCUAUGUCGGCGCGGCCGCCGCUGGCCGAGAAGGCGCUGUCCGAGGGUUACGGCCGCCUGCGCUACCGGGACGCCUCGUUGCUCAUCUGGCAGCAGCAGCAGCGGCAACUGGAGAGCCGCCCGCCCGCCACCUAUCUGAGCCGCAGCCGCAGCACCUGGUACGCCCAGUACGGCAACCAGGCCAUCCUGGUGCGCGACCGGAGCAAGCUGGAGGGCGCCCGCGACACCGGCCAGUCCCGCUUCUGCGCCCUGAUGUGACCCGGCGUCUCUCCGGAUGACCCUCGGGCCGGAACGCGGCCUCUGGAGCCAAGGAAACACCUGGAGGACACUUGGACGACUCUUCAUGCUUUUGGCCUCGGCUUCAAGUGGCCGGCUGUUCCACCGGCUGACGGCGUGCGGUAGCAGAAGCUCCUCCUGACCUACCGCUUGAAGCCUUUGGAGGGGGCCGGUUCUGCUGUCCUGAUGGAGUCAAGGCUAUGGGUGAGCUGAGGGGAGGUCGACUGCUGAAGGAAAGAGGGAGCCCAUUGGGCAGCUCAGGUUCCUCCUCUAUUUUACAAAGAGCCCCCUAAAGUGACUCCCUUUGUGCCUGGAUCUUUCCAGAAAAUUGGAAGAAAGAAGCCACCCUUCCCCAUUCCCCAGAGGCCCUUCCUGACCUCCCUAAUGGGAUGGCUGAGACUGAUGGGAGCUGUAGUCCACCCAGAUUGGGUGAAGCAGAGAUAGAAACUUAACCCACUUUCCUGCGGACCUGAGGCUGAAAGUUUCCUCUUGGACCACUAGGCCAAUCAAUUUGGGCCCAAUCCUCUGCCCAAAGCCUUGCUCUGGUUUUUUUUUGAACCCAGGACAAGCUGGGUGGUGUUGCUUCUGGGGGGAGGGUGGGUGACAAGCAGAUUCUACACGACUCGGGGGAGGGGGCUCCCCUGGCUUCCUCCACUGGGCAGGAUGGAGCUACUCCAGAGCCCCCUCCCCAGCUUCCUUCUGGGGUCCAGCAUGGUGUUGAUUCCGGGAGGCUCUGAUGGAAGCCCUCCUCCCCCUUGUGCUUCUUGAACACUGGGCUGGCUUCUCUGCUGGGGUGGGCAAAACCCGCUUGCUGAAAUCUGGCCUGGAGCCUGGGGAGGGAGGGUUGUUCACCCCAAGGCCUGCCAGGAUCCCUCCAAGGGUUUCAGUAGCAACAUCUCCUCCACAUUCUUGGCUUUGGCCACAGUGUGCCCCAUUGACCGAGCCCCAGGUUGCUGCUCCAAAUCUCAAGCAGACUUUUGCCUAGCUCAGGACUGUGGCAAAGAAGCCAGCGGGCCUUCGAUGCCGUGUUCGUAUUGACCAGCUGGGAGAAGCCGCAGAGAAAAGGAGACGCUUGACGGGGAGCUCUCGGUCCCAUGAAUUGAGGCAGGUGGCACCGGGAGGCCAAACUAUUUUCCGGGUGACGUAAUUGGCUGGGCUGUCCAGGAGCCCCUUUAAGCACCAUUUCCAUGUUCUGGGCGCAUUUCCUUGGCACUGGCGCAGACACCGUUAUGAUGCUCAGGGAUCCUCAGCCUCUGCUCUGUGCCGUCACUGUACAGCUCCCUGCAUCUGAUGGGAGAAUCAAGUUUGAAUCCCUCCAGUUCUGGGAAGCAGCCCUUGCAAAUAUGGGCAGCCGGCCUUCUUUGGCCAACCUCAGCUGCUGCUCUUCAUGCGUAUUUUACCGUUGGUACACAGUGGUCGGCCCUUUCCCCUUCCUUGUGUGAUGCCAGCGAAGACCCCGAAGGAGCGAGUUUUAAAAGUGCACCAGACAACAUUAAGUAUGUUUCCUUUUAAAUAAAGUCUAACUCGGCAAACACUUCUGCUCCCAGGGCUGUUAUGGUGUCAAGUACAGAAGUGGCAUCUGCUCUGAAAUGGGUCUUUGUUGCUUUAUUUUUUUUUCCAAACUGUUCUACUUUAAAACAAGAUACAGAGAAAAAGACGGACAUGGGAGAAGACUAGGAAUAUACAAAUAAAACAUGCUUUAUCUGGAAGUUACCAAUACCUGUAAGUCCAAAGUCUAUACAAAAAGAAACCCAAAGAAUCCCAAACAAUCCCAUUCCCCCAAACUGAAUCCACAUACAAGGAAUAAGCACCAGAACAGGAAACUAUCAAAGGUCCAUAGCACCUGUUGGUUAAAAAGUCAAAAUACAUUUAAAUUAAAAGGAUUCCCAAUUUUCUUUGUCAGAGCUUAGUUUUAAAAACAACACAAACCUACAUUUUGUCUGCUGCUGCUCUUCAAAACGCAGGAUACAUUUUUUUUAAGUGACCACUG